AUGGAUCAAACGACAACCGGUGAUGGAGUUGAGUCAGGAGAGAACACAGAACUGGCAUUGUUUGCUUGCAUGGACAAAGUGGUCAAGCUAGCCGAUGUCGACAAUGGCUGCAAAGUGGUCCCACCAAAUAAAGAGAAACUGGCUAAUUCAUUAUCUAUCCAAUUGUAUUUCUUCAAUUGUGACGAGAGCCCCCUCAAUGACUUGGCGCAGAGGGAUAUGAGUCUCGCUUUUCAAGAUCAGAGAGUCUCACAGCCGGAAAUUAAUCAAAGUACUGGGCGAUUGGAUGGUUUUCAUCAAAUCUUAGUCUCAGUGGUUGGCAAUAGAUUCCAAGGCAACAUUGAUAGUGCCCUAGAGGGUUUCACAUUUCCAGAGCUUGACGGGGACUUGCAACGGCAGCCGGUUGACACCAACAGGUGCAGGGCUUCAGCGACAAAGUCUAGCGGUGAGACAGAGGCAGCACUCAAUAAGAAGGCUAGAAUUGAGAUGCCAUCACCAUUGCCAACGUUCAAGGUUAGGAAAGAGAAGUUAGGUGACAGAAUCACUUCCCUUCAGCAAUUGGUUUCGCCUUUUGGAAAGACUGACACCUCAUCGGUGCUCCAUGAUACAAUUGACUACAUAAAGUUCCUUCAUGAUCAAGUCCGGGUUCUGAGUGCUCCAAAUUCAAAGAAUUACCAUAAUUUCCGACAACAAAAUAAGGAAGACCUUACAAGCCGAGGGCUAUGUCUUGUUCCUGUUUCAGCCACAUUUGCCCUUGUUACAGUGAUCGAAAGCGAUUUAUGGAACCCUUUUAGAUGA